AUCCUCACAUUUUUCUUCAAACAAUAUUCUUACAAAUGGAUUUUACAAAGACACCAUUUUAUGUGUUUGUUAUUAUUAUUGUGUUACUAUUAUAUAUAGAGCCUAUAGAUAGUUCUAGGCUCAAAAUAAAGCCUUCUUACAUUGACAACAAUGAGGAAAACCCCUCGGAAAACAACCAUCUUGUGACUAAUCUCCCCGGCCAACCGGACGUCAAUUUCCGACACUAUGCCGGUUAUGUAACGGUGUACCAAAAAAACCAAAGGGCGUUGUUUUAUUGGUUCUACGAGGCUUCUUCUCUACCCGAUGAGAAGCCGUUAGUUUUAUGGCUUAAUGGAGGUCCAGGGUGUUCUUCUGUUGGUUAUGGAGCAACACAAGAAAUUGGCCCUUUCUUAGUGCACACUAAUGGUGGUGGCCUUAAAUUCAACCCUUUUUCUUGGAAUAAAGAAGCAAACAUGUUGUUCCUAGAAUCUCCUGUUGGAGUUGGCUUCUCCUAUACGCACACUAGUACCGAUUUUGAUAAUCUUGGGGAUGAAUUUACUGCUAAUGAUGCUUAUGAAUUUAUUCAAAAGUGGUUCCUCAAGUUUCCAACAUAUAGAAACCGUACGUUUUACAUUGCGGGGGAGAGCUACGCAGGGAAAUACGUUCCAGAAUUGGCCGAGCUCAUCCAUGACAGAAACAACGGCUCUUCUCUUUACGUUGACCUAAAGGGCAUCUUGAUGGGUAAUCCUGAGACAUCAGACCCUGAUGACUGGAGAGGGUUGGUGGACUAUGCAUGGAGUCACGCCGUUGUGUCCGAUGAAACACACAAAAUCAUACGAGAUAGUUGUGAUUUCAACAGCGAUAACACUUGGAACAACCCUGAUUGUAGCCAAGCUGUGGACGAGGUCUUAAAACAGUACAAGGAGAUUGAUAUUUACAGCUUGUACACUGCUGUUUGUAUCGCCAAUUCUACCAAAAAUGGUUCAGGAUCAAUGGAAGUCAUGUUCAAAUCUACCUCCAAAAUGAUGCCAAGAAUCAUGGGUGGCUAUGACCCAUGCUUGGAUGAUUAUGCAAGAAGUUACUACAAUAGACCAGAUGUUCAAAAGGCUCUUCAUGUUAGUGAUGGUGUUCUGCUAAGGAAUUGGAGCAUAUGCAACUUAACAAUAUUUAGUAACUGGGCAGAUUCAAAGCCAUCAGUACUUCCUAUUUACAAGAAGUUAAUUUCUGCUGGUCUUAGAAUAUGGGUCUACAGUGGAGAUACAGAUGGAAGAGUUCCUGUGUUGUCUACAAGAUAUAGCUUAAAUGCUCUUGGAUUACCAAUUAUUAAACCUUGGAGGCCAUGGUACCAUGAAAAGCAGGUGAGUGGUUGGUAUCAAGAAUAUAAGGGUGUUACAUUUGCAACAUUCAGAGGAGCAGGCCAUGCUGUGCCUAUAUUCAAACCGAGCAGUUCGCUCGCGUUGUUUACGUAUUUUCUUCAAGCACAAUCCCUUCCUUCUGCCCGUUAAACUUCAUCGUACAAUGUACAUGCCAAUAACAAAAUCAAUGCUGCUAUAAAAUAUAAAUAAAGCUUAAUAAGGCAAUUUUGUAACAAAAGUUUUGCAGUCUGAUAUUGCCAAACAGGCCUCUGAUCCAACUAGUUACUUUGUAAUUGUAACCCUAUAAUUAUAUAAAUUAAGGUGGGAGUUGUCUGAAAUAUGAUAAGUUAAUUAACUAAUCUUUUUCCCUGUA